AUGAUUGUUAAUUGCAGAGUUGACUACACUCUACUAAUUAUUGGGCUAAUAGUUAGCAUUAUUCUCAGUAUCUUAUGCUCGUUCUUCUGCUGCCUUCUAUGUAACGGUUGCUGGUUACAUCGAAGACGGAAUCCCCAACUUUAUGAAUCCGUGAACGAAUCUGGAUUUUAUCCACUUUGCUGUGGCUUUGGUGUACCGAUGGGAACGGUUGUGUUUAGUACUCAUCCACCACAGUUCCGUGAUGAAGGCGAUAUGUAUCACGGAUCGUCCACAUCAUCGUUGCCAAGUGGACGCAGUCGAGUACGGUUCAACGAGGACGGAACACUAAAAGGUGUCUUGAAAAAUAACGGUAGUGGCUAUCCUAAAUGA